AAUAAACUUUGGCCAAACGGGCGAACUUGGUUUUUAAGUUGUUUUGUUCUCUGACCACGCGUUCAUCUCACAGGCAUUUUUGCCGUAUGUUUCAAACUUUGGAAGCGCGGAGUUGUUUUAGUUUAAAAUAGGAAUCAAUUUUAAGGGGUCAAGAGCAUGCAUUAAAAAACUGUCAGAAUUUAGCUCGCACAGUUGCCGGUGAAAGUGGCAAAUACGAGCACUCAGGCAGCGACGCGAGACGAACGCGAGUGGUCGUGCUCGUGAAUCGUGGAGCCCGACGUGGCGGAAGCAACGAAAACACAUAUUGCGCGCUAUUUGUCAUACAAGACAGUUUAAUUGGUUCAAAUAAAGUUUAACAGAGAAAAAUGCCAGUGGUGAAGUAUAUCUAUGAAAUGUUUAGCAAGUGGGCAUAAUAUUGUUGCCAAUGUGUGUAAUAGUUUAUAUUUUGAGAAUAUUUUGUCCGAGCUUAUCGGUAAUUCUUAUGAACAAUAUGCAAGAGUGCCGCGGGAGACGAGGCAGAUAGAUUGAAUGGAAUGGCGAACCAUGCGGAGGCGAGCGUGGAGCCAGCGAGUUUGGAGUACAUGGAGGAUCCGUACUUCGUCCCUCCAGAUGACGACUCUACUCCUAGCUUCGACGUGGCCGUAGACGAGUUAGAGGACAUAGUCAACUGGCCACAAGAUGACACUGAGGCGGAGUGGCGUGCACUGCCCGACCUUGCCGAUUCCGCUCUCUGCAUUGAAACAGAGUUUUACAUGGACAAUCGCCGGCGUCGCUUGCGGAUAUUUAGGAAAAAAAUGCGUGAAGUUCGGGUCACAUUUCAAGAUUUAUCAAAGCCUUAUCUUGCCAGAGUGUCUAGCCACACAAAUUACAAAAGGUUUCUCGGUAUCACUCCUGGAGCUGAAGAAGCAAUGAUGGGCCCUGGCGCCGGGGACGCGAACACCCCGGACGAGCUGGCGGGACUCACCCCCGAGCAGGCGGAGCAGCUUCGCGCCGAGUGGAGCCGGGAACUUGCCAGGGUCGAGGAUGAAAUUGCCACGCUUCGCACGGUUUUGCAGAGCAAAAUGCGUCAAAGCUCCGAUUUAAAACGAAAACUUGGCAUCACAGUCUGGAAGGAGAUCACUGAAGACGUGAAUCAAGGGUUGAAGAACGUCAAAGAGAGCCAAGUUUAUCAAACGAUAGAAACUCGUGUGGCUGCGCUUACACAAGCUGUGACUGAAUCACCUAUGUACCAAAAAACUGAAUCUGUGAUAAAAUCGACUGCGGAGAAGACUACGUCGAUUCUGGGCGGCUUCACGGCCGGCGUUUCCAGCAAGCUGGGUCAGAUGCGCAACUCGGAGUCAUUCCGCUCCAUUGAGGAGCGCGUCGGCACCGCCUACGAGAACGUUAAGGGUAAAGUGGCCUCUAGGUCCAACUCGACGCAGAGCUUCGACGAGGCCCUCCGCGACGCCAGCCGUUCGGCAAGCGGCGCCACCUCGCCCACCAUCCCCGAGAACAAGCCGCUGCCCUAGUGACGUCACCGCGCCUCUCACCACAAUACACACCACACCGCCCUCACCGCACCACGCCGCACUCCACGCGUUGGAACAAUUCGAUACUCGAUAACUCCCGACUCUAACAUAACUUUAAUAAUUCCUCAACGAAUCAUGUGUCAAUGCAAUUGAUUUGUAAUCCUUGUAAUAUGUUUAUUAUGGAGUAGUGCGUCAAUUUCAAUAAUAAAAAAUUGCCCUACUGUUCAAAACAAAUUCAAAGUCCCGUAUAAAUGAUCUUAAAAUAAAACCUCGACGGUUGGAUGUUGGAUGUUGGUGUACAUCCAUAGAGUAAUCCGGUGUCAGAGUAAACUAAGUUACAUUAACCUGGUAUAUUCCUGAUUUCAUUUGACCAUUGUCAUUGCUUGAACGAAGCGCAUCAAAAUAAUGCGACUUUGUCGACGUGUAAAAGUGUAAACAUAGGAGUAGUCAAAAUUUUCAGAUGCCAGUUUACUCACAUCAUCACAACAGACUACUCUUCCUUGUAGAUAAGGAAAUCACUAGUAAAUUCAAUCUAUGGGGAAUAUAUUUUUAUUUGAUUAAUUAUCUUCGGACAUGAGUCUUGACUGUUAAAAUCGUAAAAGUUUUCGUCUCAAUCAGUGCAUUAGGGUUUGUGUGAUGCGACACGAAAAAAAAUUAUUCUUUUUAAAAUCAAGAAAGUUAUUGUUCUUACGCGUGGAGUCAUGAUAUGUAUAUGUGUCUUUGGCUAUCUCAUUACAGGACUUACGUGUAAUUCGAUUAUUUAUUAAUCCAACUUUAGCAAUCAAAUUAAUGUUGUAAGAUUAAAGCAACAAAUGUCAUUGUGAUCGAAUUUUAAGCACUCAAUAAACCCCACAAUAGUUGUCUUAUAAUAUCUUAUUGAUUAUUGUGUUUAAGGGUCUUAUAAACAGUGUAUUUGUACUUUUAGUUCUAGGUUCAAAAGUACUUAAUGUCUCAAAUAUCUUUGCCUUACCUAGUGGUACUCAAAAUACUUUAUUUACAGUUAUUUUUAUUGGUUCUAUUUGAUAUCAUGUUAGUUGCUAGUGAACAAAAUUUAAAAUAGUUUACUUUAGUUUCUGAUACGGAAGCUAUGGUAUAAAAUGACCAUUAAUAUUGAUUGUAAAGUAUUAAGAGUGUUUUUUUUUUAAUGAUAUUGUUUUGACAAAUUGAAAAUAUUUUUUGUUUCGUCUUUAACAAAGGAGAAUUUCCAAAAAAAAAACCAGCAUAUGUUUGUCAAUGGUACAUAAGGCACAGGGUUGGACAGUGGAUUAGCCAAUGGGAUAUUUCAGCAUUCAUAACAUUUGAACACUUUUGUUCGACAACAUUUGUCAGGCUUGUAUUGUUCUCAAAAUUUUCUUAAAAAUAACUAUGAAAGGAUGAAAGGAAUAACUAAGAAAAAUGCACUGACUUUAUGUAUAAAUAUAUAUUAGAAAAACGCAUUGAUUAUAUUUAGAUAGAUUUCGUUGGGAUAAUAGCAAAAAGGAAAACACUUGCAUGUAAAUGCGAUUCCAAGUCAUUACGAAAAGUAGGGUCGUCAAUUAGUUUUUUGGAUACUUUUAUAGUAUAACUGAUUUUUUUUAUUAUCUCUAAAUCGAAUCUUUUUAUGGGUGGGUACACUAUCACCUCCCCCCCCACUUUACUUCUGGCCUCUGAAGACGCAACUAUGAUGGGGUAAAAAUAUCAUGUAUAACAUGCUAUGUAGAUGGAACGUAGAUUACCUUAUAAACUAUAUCUUAAACAGUUUAUUUGUAUGUUUAUUAUACUAUCAUGUUAGGUAAAAGCUGGCUGUUAUUUCAUUUUUAAAUGACAUAUCCAUAACUGGUUUCAAUGCCAAACAUGUUCUACUCAACAAUUGACAAGGUAAAAAGAAAUAAGGGCAUCUACUCAAAUUAUAACGGCUUCACCUGUUAUGAAGUAUUCAGUAUUUUAAAGGCAGCUGGUUCUGGACAUUUCUUCAUUUAUUUUGGGAAUUCUCUAUUUGAAUAGUUUUUUCAAAAUUUAAUCAAUUAAGUUUUUAAAUGAAAGCUUAAAUUAUAUAAAAUUUUAACUUAAAUUCUUAUGAAGUAAGAAUUCAGUAUUUUAGAGGGAGGUGGGUAUGGAAAUUUUUCAUUUAUUUUAGGACUCUGUAUUGAAAUAGUUUUUUCAAAAUUUUAUUAAUUUAGUUUUCAAGUGAAAGCGUAAAGUAUUUGUAGAAUUAAUUAAAUCAAUAUGGUUUUAGUUGCCUUAAGUUGCUUUUAAUCAAGUAGGCUUGGUACGAAAUGCGGCGUGGUAAUUUCAAAGCAGUGUAAUAAUCUAUCGAUGUACGCGAGCUUUGUACGUUUAUCUUGAAAAUUUUAUUAUAUUCACUCUCUGCCCAUAAUUUUGUCUCACAGCAUUCCAUGUUUGAUUCUCUAUCACAUUACUAUUUGUGACAAACCAUUAGUGACGUAAAAAUUGCAAUUCCUUGUAUGAAUGAAAAUGUAUGUCACGAAAUGGAUUUCGUUAAAAUUAUAAUGUUAUAAAAAAUCACGGCCCAAUUUAGUAUGUUUAGUGAUGAACGUUAAGGUAAGGAAAAACUAUGUUUUAAGUCGCUUCGCGGUGAGCACUUUUAUACAAAUAUAUACUUGUUGAAUUCACAAAGUUGUAAAUUUAUAAUGUAACGACUAGUAGACUUUGUACGAUGUACUUUCCAACGCUUGUUGAGUCCAGUUCAAAAGAUGAUAUUUUUAUAAGAUGCUUAGCUUUUCCUUUAAUUAAAAUAAUCCCAUUAUUUACAUUAAAU